AUGGAACUAACUAUAACUUUAGUUGAAGCAACAUCUGGAGUAAAUUCAGGCUUCCGGUUUGUUGGUAAUGGAAACUUGGCAUACGACGAGGUUAAAACGGCCGCUGGUUGUAGCUAUGGUGGAUUUCUUUACGCAUAUAAUAGUUAUAAUCGUGUAUACUUUUGGCAACCUGGUCCAGGAAACGGGACAUCUAAUGGUGCUUUGAUUUGUAUAGCAAAUGGAAUGGGAGGAGGAAAAAAUGUUCAAGCCAGUGAUGACGGCGUUAUUGUAGCUCAUAUAUGGGAUCUAGCAGAAACUGCAACAUCAAAUACUCCAACAGAACAACGCACGACAGUACCAACAAGUACCCGCUCGUCAAUAUCAAUGAUAACUUCGAGUAAAAUAAAACCAGACUGUGGCAGCCCACCAGAUAUUCCUUUCGGGUAUGUUCAUUUAGAAGCAAACGAAUCUGUCGCCAAAUAUGUUUGUCAUCCAGGAUAUAAAAUAUUUGGUAAUGAUAUCAUUCAUUGCAAGGCGAACGGUACAUGGGGUACGUUGUCAACAGACCAAGCCAGGUGUCUUCCAGUAGAUUGCGGUCGUCUGCGAUUAUCUAUCAAUAACAGUGAAGAGACAACAUACAUUCCGAAGAAUUCAACACAUUUUGGAAGCGUCGCCUUAAUAAAAUGCAAAGUUGGAUAUUCUUUUUCAAAUGAAAACACGAGUGCCACAUUUCUAUGUUCAGAAAAAGCAACAUGGAAUGGCAAUGUAUCAAUAACAUGCUUGCCUGUAUACUGCAGACGCCCAAACGUCACAGACCAACCUACAAUUUCAGAUUCACAUGCUACAUUCAAAAUUGAUUCAGUCAUAGACUAUUCUUGUCAAAGCGAUUAUGUAUUAGAAGGCUAUCGUUCUCGCGUAUGUCUGAAGUCUGGACAAUGGAGCGGAAGUGCACCUAAAUGCAUAAAAGCUCCAAGCAAACAAGUUAGUCCAUGUGAAAAAAACACAGACAUCCAUGGACAGAUUUGGAGUGAAACAAAAGCAGGCGAAACACGAGUGUUCCCAUGUUCCAAAAUAAAUCAAGAUUUGUCUAAUUAUGUAACGAGAAAGUGUUCAACAGAAGGGGAGUGGUUGUUACCUCAUUACAACUGUAUUAGAAAGGCGCUAGAGGAAAUAACUGAAAGUGUAAAUAUUAUUAAAGAAACACCGACAACCGAGACAGUAGUUGAUGUACUUGAUCAACUAUCGUCAUUAACCAAUCAAACUGAAAGCAACAAAACAUAUAGUGGUGAAUUAGAAGCGGUUACGUCAACUCUAGAAGUCAUAGCAACUAUUGACUACACUAACAUAACCAUAAAUGACGGUCUUUCUACGUCCUUCUUUGAAACUACUAGUAACUUGUUGAGUACAAGUAAUACUGAGUCAUGGCAAGCUAUUGGUGAUCAAUCGUCAGCGUCGUCAGAGGCACCAUCAGGGGCGUCAAAGGUUUUAGACGUAAUUAGUAAUUUCACUGAUGCUAUUUCAAGCUCAUUUAACCGUUCUCCCGCAGGAGGGAACUUUUCAAAGACAUUUGAUAACUUAGUUUUGGAAAUAAGGAGUAUUCAGGACUCACCGAAUAUAAAGUUUCCACCUACUGAAUCACAAAAUGCUUCUUUGGAUCUACCCAAAGCUUCUCUGACAGGAUCAACGACGUAUUCAGCUGUUUUAUACAAAAAUCUGAGUGGCAUGAUGUCAAUAAAUACAGCUUUUAGUGGAAAUGACAUAGAACUCGGCUCGUCAGUUAUGUCAGUAAAGUUGGACAGAUGGACGGAAGUUAAAUACUUUAAUAUUACGCUAACAUUCCAACACUUUGGGACUGAUCAACAGUUAUCAGCAACAUGUAGUUACCGCAAUGCAUCAAGGGUGUUAUGGGGAAAAGAUGGAUGUACAGUAAAGCGUUCGGAUAAUUAUGAAACUGUUUGUGAAUGUGAUCAUUUAACUAAUUUUGCGAUCUUAAUGAGUCCAUGGACAAAGGAGAAUGUGGAAACGGAAGCAAUACAUAUCAUAUCAAUCGUAGGCUGUUCCAUAUCCAUGUUGUGUUUGAUAAUAACGAUGAUCACACAUAUAUGCUACUGGAAGUUUGUGAAAUCCGAUCGCGUGAAGAUUCUGAUGAAUCUUUGCUUUGCUUUGCUGAUUUCUUACAGUAUAUUUAUCGGCGGUGUUGAUAAAACAACAAACGAGGAUGUCUGCACAACAAUCGCGGUAUUACUACAUUACAUUUAUCUCGUGGUGUUUUUUCUAAUGUUGGCAGAGGCUGUAGAAAUAUCUUUUGUUGUUCUAUAUGUGUUUACUACUGAAUCUAGACUAAAGUGGAUACUACCAUUAGCUUGGUUACUGCCAGCUGUAAUAGUUGGCAUAUCUUUAGCGGUUACUCAGACAAAGGGCUAUGGAAACGAUAAAUCAUGCUGGCUUUCAAUUGAUGAUGGACUCAAAUGGGCUUUCGUAGGACCGGCCCUUUUGAUUAUUUUGGUGAAUUUUAUUCUGAUAGUUCUUGUGUUGAAAGCCAUUUUCAAGACAAAAAAUUUGUCACAGAAAUCUCUGAAGGAAAGAACCAUAACUGGUAUUCGUUGUCUUUGUGUAUUACUUCCUCUUGUUGGCUGUACGUGGGUUAUCGGUAUAUUUUAUGUGAAUAAAGACUUUGCAUGGAUACAGUAUGUUUCGGCAGUCUGUAAUGGACUUCAGGGUUUGGCGAUAUUCAUUUUCCACUGCUUACUUAACACGCAGAUAAAGCAUGCUUACCAAAGAAAGAAGAGAUACGCAAGUUCUGGUAUGUUCACACGGUCAACUUCAAAUCCAAUCCUCAUUCCGAGAGCAAAGUCUAACUCAUCAACACAAGAAUUAUACAACAGUAUCAUUGAUAGUGGAGCAGAGACAACUUAUCACCAAGACAGGAAUGUUCGCGAAAGGCGUCCAGGGGCUGAAGAAAUUGAAAUGAAACAUUAUUCAGACCGACGUUACCAGUUUGAUGAAUAGUGACCUUAAAAUCUAUGGCUAUGUUGGAAGCUGCGGUGCAUGGUGAUUCUUCUUGAUUCUUCUGAAUUCAUGAUUAUUCUUAAAUAAUCUUAAAACUGGAUUGGCGAUUCCGUCAAACAUGGACUACAAUCAAAUCAUUGUCUGAGAUUAAUUACAUAUCAACAUGUUCUCGACAUUUUCAGGACAGGCUUCUGUGAUAUUUAGUCUGAACUGUGAAGAAAACAUGAAAUUUUAUUCUUGUUGUCAUUAUAUAAUAACUCUAUAGUAGUUUUAUUUUAAAUUAGUGUUUAUUUCAUUUUGAAUACGUGUGUCUGUUGUAAUUAUGCAGAAUAAAGAAAACAUGAAACAAUUGUUAUUUUAAGUAAUAUCAAAUCAUUUUGGAAAUAAAUAUACGUAGGUAAUAAACAAGUCUUACAAACAGACAUUAGAACGUGUAAAUGCACUUAUAGGGAAGAUGCUUAAAUGUUCACGAAUAAAAGACCUGUGCAUGGAAUUGAAAUGAAGGAACAAUUAGAAAUUACAAUGGUUAUUGCACCAUACAAGGUAUUACGUAUGAUGCACUUAUACGGAAGAUGCUUAAAAGAUCACAAGUAAAAGACAUGUGCAUGGAAAUCAGACCAAGGAACAAUUAGAAAUUACAAUGGUUAUUGCACAAUACAUGAACAAGGUUAUACGUAUUAAACACGAACCUUCUUCUUUGGCGUACCUACAAUUAUUUCACACCUCAUUUAAUGUUAUCAAUGAACGUCCAGCGUUUGCACCAUGUGACAUAAUAAAACGCAUGAUAUGAUUCAACGUUAAGAAUAUAGCCUUGUUUUCAAUAUGAAAAUCAUAACAUUCCAUAUUACACCACAAUUGUACUCCAUGUAGCUUCAUUUUUUCUUUCAAUUGAAACCAUCCAUGGAUAUCAAAUCAUUAUUUUUCUGCGUCAAGUUUCAUUUUCUUUUCAGAGGCCUGAACAUCUAUCAAAUCUUCAAUGUACCCGAAGUAAGUUCUGUUAACAAGUCAAACAUUAAUAUGGUGGUGUGGAAUAAUAUUGCCAU